UACAAAAUGGCGAGCAUAUACGCUCAUCGCUUAUAGACAUUUUAAAAUCUGCAAAUAUCAAGCAAAAUAAAUGGCGUAAAUAGUGUUUAUUGUUCAAAUUGUACAUUGUAAAUAGUUUCUUGUAUAGUUAGUGAUAAUAUUUUCAUGUUUUAUUCGUGUUUAUUUUGUGAUUUCGUGAAUAUUUGUGCUUGUGUGUUUUUUUAGUGAAUAUAAUUUUUGUUAAGCCGACGCCGACGUAUUUUACGUCAAUUAUUUACGACAGUACGUCUUGUUAAUGGUUCAUACGCCCAUAAAAUCAUUGCAGUGUCACCGAUGAAGUGGCCUUGCGGCGGGGGCACUGGUAUGGUUGCCGGGGGGGUUGGAGUUGUGUCUGAUGCUCCAAUGGACAAUGGGGCGGCUCAACAGCGUUCACAAGACGACGCUGCGGUCGGUUAUGUAUUUCAACGACCUCCAGAUCCAGAAUUCUCUCCUUAUGGGCCUAAACAAGCUAGAUGGGCCCUAGGAGAUGAUACAAUUAUUGAUAAUCACGAUAAAUGGAAAUUUUCCAUACCCUCAAAAAUGACAAAUGAUACGGCUGCCGCAAUGUUAGGUAUGUCUGGCUUAGGGCAUCAUGGCUCAGCCACUGGACACCUACCUGCGCAUCACAGUAACACAAUGACAUACGAUUUAAAUGCAACAGCAGCAUUGCAACAAGCUGUUGGUGUGGGUGUAGGUGCUGGUUUGGGUGCACUCAAACAACAACAACAGCAUCAACAAGCGCAAGCACAACAGAAUCUUGGCAUCGGUGGCCAACAACAAGGUAAUACAAGUGCGGAACAACAACAACUUGUUUACCACUUAACACCACAUCAUGGAUUACCAAUGAGUGCUGUUGGAUUACAACAGCAUCAAUUGGCUGCGGCUGCUCAGCAGCAUUAUUUACAACAGUUGCAACAACAGCAACAACAGCAACAGCAACAACAACAACAGCAACAGCAACAACAGCAGCAGCAACAACAACAGCAGCAGCAACAGCAACAACAGCAUAUGCAGAUAGCUCCGUCAGCAAAAAAAUUAUGGGGCCUUGAAGGUGGUGGUGUAAAAGAUGUAACCGGUGGUAAAGGUCUCACAUUACACCAUUUACAUCAUCAUGAACAAGUAUGGCGUGAUCCUACAUGGUCCACAGCUGAUCAUGCAGUGUCCCAACCGAUUGCGAUGGUUACCCGUCGAACUGGAUCGUUUCCAGCUGGCGGUGUUGAUUCAUCAAGUAUAUUAUCACCACGUGGCAGUGACUCAACUGGUGGUCUUGGUGUUAAAAUGGUUGAAUAUGUAUUAGGUACAUCACCCACAUCAAAAGAUCCAUUAAGCUCGUUAGAGCCACGUAUGCGUGGUCUUGGUUUAAAUGAUAAUGGCAACGAUAAAGAUAAAGAUAAAGCACCUAGCCCAUUUGAUACAAAAGAUAGUUUACGUAAAAAUGAAGAGAACGGUGUUGUUUUACAAAAUGGUGGCGGUCCAUUACAGAAUGGGGUUGGCGUUGUACAAGUGUUAGAUGAAGAUAAAGGUUUUAACCGAACACCAGGAAGUCGUCAACCUUCACCAGCUGAAGAAGAGAUAUCAAAGAAUUUACAAAAUUCACAAGUUGUUAUAUUAAAACAGAAUGUUGAUCAUGAACAUCAAUUAAAUGCCCAACAGAAUCAUCAGAAUGCGUUGGCUGCAUUUCCAAGCACGUUGCAUGCACAUGCUGCAGCUGCUGCCCAUCAUGCCGCAUUAAAUGCACAUCAAUCGCAACAUCCGGGUUUAACACUCGCUGAUAGUGUCAAUCAACAUUUUGAUGUAUUAUCUUUGGAUCAGGUUUCUGGUGUACAAAGUGGUGUAAAUCCGUACGAAGCGGUUUACAGUCAAGCUCCACCACAAGCUCAACAACAGGAUGCAAAUGCAACGGUGUUGCAACAACAUAACUUCGAUGUACAGCAACUAUUUCGAUCUCAGCAGCAAAAUGCACAAGCGCAGACAUUAUCGCAACCGACAGCUGCGCAGUUGCAAUUAUUACAGCAACAACAAUACUUAGCAGCGGCUGCAGCACAGCAAGCAGCUGCGCCACCACCAGCAGCCGCAUUUGCGCAACCACCUUAUGUUUUGAAUCCAGCACAACAUAGUGCGGAUGCAGCCACUGCAGCAGCGACUCCUUAUGUUCCAGCGCUUAUUACACCUGGAGUACCACAGUAUUACGGAGUAGCUCCAUGGGGAGUAUACCCGGCAAACAUCAUACCUCAAAGUGGAAAUGGAGCACCAAGACGACCACUUUCCCCAUCCUCAGCACAGGAAUCAGCAGCGGCUGCCGCAGCUGCAGCAUCGACUGCCAUACAAUCCGGAUAUAUUGUACCAUACUACGAUCAAAAUGGUCAACUAUUAAUGGCCCAGGGUACGGCAACCAUGCGAAAUGGUGCACCAAUGCGUUUAGUGAGUCCAGCGCCUGUAUUAGUACAACAACAAGCAUCUAGACAGGCACCCGCUACAGCGAGUCUCUAUUCAGCACCUACACAAUCACUUUAUGGGUCCAACGUAAAUACUUCGGCAGUAAAUGGAGGCACCCUAGGAGGGGUAACACAAACUUCUGCUACCCUAUUCCCUACUCUUCAUGCGCCGCCACAAGCGACUGCUCCGGGUCCACCUCAAGGUUCAGCACCGCCUGGACCAUUUGCAUCUACAUCACUUUCUGGCACUCUUGGAUCUCCAACUCCGGCUACACAAUUAACUGGUUUGGGAUUAAGUACUGGAUCAACAACAGGACGUCGAGAUUCAUUCGAUCGUAAUACAUCAGCAUUUUCUCCAUCACUUGAAUAUCGUCACAAAUGGCCAGCAAGUUAUGGUCUAGGCAGUAGCCCAAGUCCAUUAACAAACAGUUUAACACCUCCACCAACUGCUCCUUUGCAAUUGGGAGGUUUGAUGAAUUCACGUGUUAUAUCUGCAGCACCAGGAGCCGAAGCUAAAUAUCGUGCAAAUUCUGUAGCUGCUGGUUUAUCAACCAAUACAAUGUUCGGUUCAACAAAUUCAUUGUUCAAAUUAAAUUCAACACGACCCAAUUUAACUGCAGUGAAUUCUACAAAUUUGGAUAAACCAGCUGGACGAUCACGUUUACUCGAAGAUUUUCGAAAUAAUCGUUUCCCAAAUUUGCAAUUACGUGAUUUGGCUAAUCAUAUUGUUGAGUUUUCACAAGAUCAACACGGUUCAAGAUUUAUUCAACAAAAGUUAGAGCGUGCUACCGUAGCUGAAAAACAAUUGGUGUUCAAUGAAAUAUUGUCUGCCGCAUACAGUUUAAUGACAGAUGUGUUUGGUAAUUAUGUCAUUCAAAAAUUCUUUGAAUUUGGAACACCCGAACAAAAGACAACUUUGGCACAGAAAGUGAAAGGGAAUGUAUUGCCGUUAGCUUUACAAAUGUACGGUUGCCGUGUCAUUCAAAAAGCACUAGAAUCAAUCCCACCAGAACAUCAACAAGAAAUUGUAAGAGAGUUAGAUGGACAUGUUUUAAAAUGUGUGAAAGAUCAAAAUGGUAACCAUGUUGUUCAAAAAUGUAUCGAAUGCGUUGAACCAGCAGCAUUACAAUUUAUCAUCAAAUCAUUCAGCGGUCAAGUAUUUGCGUUGAGUACGCAUCCUUAUGGUUGUCGAGUUAUACAACGCGUUCUAGAACACUGCACACCAGAACAGACUGCACCCUUGUUGGCCGAAUUACAUGCGCAUACCGAUCAAUUGAUUCAAGACCAAUUUGGAAAUUAUGUGAUACAACAUGUUUUGGAGCAUGGAAAACCUGAAGAUAAAGCACAACUGAUUGCUGGUGUUCGUGGAAAAGUAUUGCAACUCUCACAGCAUAAAUUUGCAAGUAAUGUCGUUGAAAAAUGUGUAACUCAUGCAACUCGUGCAGAACGUGCUUUACUUAUUGAUGAAGUUUGUGGAUUUAACGACAACUUUUUGCACGUAAUGAUGAAAGAUCAGUAUGCCAACUAUGUGGUCCAAAAAAUGAUUGACGUCUCGGAGCCGACCCAACGAAAAAUUUUAAUGCAUAAAAUACGCCCACAUUUGAAUUCAUUACGUAAAUACACGUAUGGUAAGCAUAUAAUUGCCAAACUUGAAAAAUUCUUUAUGAAAACCGCAAGUGCAAUGGGCGCUAUUGGUAAUGAUCUAGGACCAAUCGGUCCACCAAGUAAUGGAGUAAUUUAAAAUUCUCACACAACUAACAUCAACAAUCUACGAAACAUACCAUCAACAAAAUCAAUUUCGAUUCAAAUCGCCGACUAUUAGCUAUAUUACCGUUUGGAAAACUUUUUCAAUUCACUAAGAAAAAAAAAACAUAAUCCAAAAAAAAAAUUUUAAGAAAAGUUGUUUGUGAAACGUUUCGAGUUUCACAAAUGUUUGUAAUAUAAUAAAUACUACAUGUAAAAUAACAUUUUUUAACAUUUCAUACAAUAAUUUAUUAAAGCGAAAAUAUGUUUUUCCAAACGAUGGAUGAACUACGGAUUCAUUCCAAAAAAUAAAAAUAAAAACAUAAAUUUCGAACCGCAUUUAUUGGGUUCUUGAUUCCAAUUUUUAAUAAUAAAAAUUCCGCUUUUAAAAUUAGUUAGCGUGAAUUUUGAUCACUUAAAAUCAAAAAAAAAAAACAUAUAUGCAUGGGAUAAGUUAUACAUAAACAUAGGACUGAUUACUGAUUACUGAUUCUUAAAUGAAUAGGGUUAGGGUACAGGUAUUAAGCAUGCGCAAGAUAAGAGAUAAGACAAUUAAGUAAAUAAAAACUUAUCCUAGUUGUUUUUAAAUAUUUGACUUAAGUAAGUGUAUAAUACCAUCCAAGUAUUGCAAACAAAACAUGUUCUGCUGUUCAAUUCAAUUUACGCAGACUCAUUUCAUUAUUU